AUGCCGAAGGACACGAGCAAGCCAGGGAAGGCCCCGAACAACAAAAAGGCUGCCGCGAAGCCCGCCAAGCCCAUCAACAAGGCUAACAAGGCUCCCGUUGCCAGCAAGCCAGCCCAGCCAUCGCAGGACGGAGGCGCGAAGACUAGGAGGAAGAGGAGGCAACCGAAGCAGCCCGCGAAGCCGGCACAGGAGUACCACUCCUCGUCGGAAGAUGAGGCUUCCCAACCGGAACCGUCGUCAGACGAGCUGCCGUCAGACACCGAGUCCACCGCCUCUUCUGCCUCUGCGACCCGGAGACAGAGGAAGAAGCUGAAGAAUCAGCUCCUGAAGGCUUCUGGAAACACGGCAGCUGCCAGUGCUCCCCCGGUCAAGCCGACUGUCACCGCUGCCCCCUCGGCCAAGCCCGCUGCCAACCCCACUCCCUCCGACUCGAAUGCCGCCUCGAAGACGAAGUCGCGACGCGAGCGACGGAAGAAGGGCAAGGUCUUUCUUGAGGACAAGUCUGCCCUUCUGUCGCUGAUGGACAACGUCACCGACAAGAAGAACGCGAUCAUCAACGACAAGCUCGCCGCCGAGAAGCAGCGCGAGAAGGCGGACAAGGCCCGCGAGGAGAGCAAGACGAAGAAGAAGGCAUCCAAGAAGCAGGAGGACAAGAGAAAGGCCCUCGUAUGUGCUCGCGUGUUCAAUUUGAGCUUACCAUUACAGGACGCCGCCAAGGCUGCCAUCAUCGUCCGGGAUCGUGAGAAGAGGAGGCGGAGGAAAGGAAAGUCGACGCCAGAGGAGAAGCCCGUCGUCAAGAAGAAGACUGUCGGCUUCGCUUAG